CAAACUCCACUGGUGAUAAUCUCGCAGGACACCAUCGCUCGCCUUCUCUCCUCUACCGACCUUUCUCGUCUCGCUUCGUCGCCGCGAUCGAUCGUUCGAUCGACUAGUCUUCGUCGUCUUCCUGCGUCCCUCUGCCUGAAUUCGGACCAACCGCCGCGGGAUUUGAACUGCAUCGGAAUUUGCCUCUCGUAGCUGAAAACAUCGAAACUUAAUCCUUCAAGGAUGGCAGUGUCAUUGAAAGAUGUGGAUCCAGCUUUUCAAGGAGCUGGGCAAAAGGCUGGACUAGAGAUAUGGAGGAUAGAAAAUUUUUGCCCAGUCCUUAUGGAAAGCUCCUCUCAUGGAAAAUUUUUCACUGGAGAUUCAUAUGUGAUUUUGAAGACAACUGCACUUAAAAAUGGUUCUCUUCAACAUGAUAUUCACUAUUGGCUUGGUAAAGACACUAGCCAGGAUGAAGCUGGGACUGCUGCAAUCAAAACAAUUGAGCUUGAUGCAGCUCUUGGAGGACGUGCUGUUCAAUAUCGUGAAGUACAAGGUCAUGAGACUGAGAAAUUCCUUUCUUAUUUUAGACCAUGUAUAAUACCACAGCAAGGAGGAAUUUCGUCUGGGUUUAAGCAUACAGAGAUCAAUGCACAUGAGCAUGUGACACGCUUAUUUGUUUGCAGUGGAAAGCAUGUUGUUAAUGUCAAGGAGGUGCCUUUUGCUCGGUCAUCUCUCAAUCAUGAUGACAUAUUCAUCCUGGAUACUACGUCCAAGAUAUUCCAGUUUAAUGGAUCAAAUUCUUCAAUUCAAGAAAGGGCUAAGGCUCUUGAAGUUGUGCAAUACCUCAAAGAUACUUACCAUGAAGGGAAGUGUGAGGUGGCAGCUGUUGAGGAUGGGAAGAUGAUGGCUGAUGCUGAUGCUGGAGAAUUUUGGGGUUAUUUUGGAGGUUUUGCUCCCCUACCCAGGAAAGUAGCUUCUGAAGGUGAUAGGAAGGCAUACUCCUCUUAUAUGAAGUUAUUAUGUGUUGACAAAGGACAAACUUCACCUGUUGAAGCUGAAUCAUUGACAAGGAAAUUGUUAGACACUUAUAAGUGUUACUUGUUAGAUUGUGGCGCUGAAAUAUAUUUGUGGAUGGGCCGAAGUACAUCCCUUGCACAAAGGAAAGCUGCUAGUUCUGCAGCUGAUGAAUUACUACUUGAACCUCCCAGGCCACAUGCAUGUGUGAUUCGGAUCAUUGAGGGAUUCGAGACAGUAACAUUUCGAUCAAAGUUUGACCAAUGGCCACAGAAAAAUGAUGCGGUUGUGUCUGAGGAGAGUCGGGGUAAAGUUGCAGCAUUUCUUAAGCGACAAGGACUAAAUGUGAAGGGUCUUGACAAAGCUUCUCCUGUUCACGAUGAACCUCAGCCAUACAUCGAUUGCACUGGCAAUUUACAAGUUUGGCGCAUAAAUGGUAAGGACAAGAAUCUUCUUUCAUCGUCGGAUCAGUGUAAAUUCUUCAGUGGGGAUUGCUAUAUUUUCCAGUAUGCUUAUCCUGGUGAAAUCAAAGAUGAAAAUCUUAUUGGUACUUGGUUAGGAAAAAAGAGCAAUGAGGAGGAGAGAACUUCAGCGAUCUCACUUGCUAACAAAUUGGUUGAAAAUUUGAAGUCACAGGCUGUUCUGGCUCGAUUUUAUGAAGGAAAGGAGCCUAUACAAUUCUUCUCUAUUUUCCAGCACUUAAUAGUUUUCAAGGGUGGGGUUAGUUCUGGAUACAAGAACUUUGUUGAGGAAAAUAGCUUUGUUGAUGAUACAUAUUCAGAGGAAGGCAUCGCACUUUUCCGGGUACAAGGAUCCGGGCCAGAAAAUAUGCAAGCAAUUCAAGUUGAACCAGUGGCUUCAUCUUUGAAUUCGUCUUAUUGUUACAUACUGCACAGUGGAAAUACUGUUUUCACAUGGUCCGGAAGCCUGACUACAUCUGUGGAUCAGGAGUUAGUUGAGAGACUGCUUGAUCUAAUUAAGCCAAAUGUGCAGCCCAAAACACAAAAGGAGGGAACGGAAAUUGAUCAAUUUUGGAGUAUACUUGGAGGAAAAUCUGAAUUUCCUAGUCAGAAGAUUGGAAAAGAACCAGAAAAUGAUCCUCACCUGUUCUCAUGUUCAUUCCUAAAAGGUAACCUGAAGGUUACUGAGAUUUUCAACUUCACCCAAGAUGAUUUGAUGACUGAAGAUAUGUUCAUUCUGGAUUGUCAUUCGGACAUAUAUGUUUGGGUUGGUCAGCACCUGGACCCUAAACUCCGGCAGCAAGCUUUAAGCAUUGCAGAAACAUUUAUAGAAAAAGAUUUUCUUAUGGAAAAUCUCUCACGAGAACUACCACUAUCUAUAAUUGUGGAAGGAUGUGAACCACCGUUUUUCACUCGCUUCUUCAACUGGGACUAUGCAAAAUCAGCAAUUCAUGGUAAUUCAUUUCAAAGGAAGCUGACAGUUGUAAAGAAUGGGGCUACAUUAUCAGAAAAACCCAAGCGUCGCACUCCAACAUCCCAUAUAGGGAGGUCCACUGUUCCUGACAAAUCUCAGCGCUCCUCAAGAAGCAUGUCCUUCAGCCCAGAACGUGUACGUGUUAGAGGAAGAUCUCCUGCUUUCAAUGCACUUGCUGCCAACUUUGAGAAUCCAAAUUCUAGGAAUCUUUCAACUCCUCCAGCUCAAAGAAAACCUUCUCCAAAACCAGUGUUACUGGAUUCUGCAAAAGUGGCACCAAAAUCAUCUGCAAUUUCUAGCAUAUCUGCUUCUUUUGAACGCCCAAAAGAAACAAUGAUACCAAAGUCGAUAAUCCCCAAAUCAUUGAAAGUGAGCCCUGAGAACAACAAACCAAAACUGGAGGUAAAUGCCAAGGGAAGCAUCACCCCGUUGAGCAGCAAAAUUGAUACUCCCACAAAAGAUGCAAAGGAAAGUGAAGCUGAAAAUGAAGUAGGGCUGCUCAUUUUCCCCUACGAACGCCUGAAGACUACUUCUGCUGACCCUGCUAAAGAUAUCGAUGUGACCAAGAGAGAGACGUACUUAUCUUCCGUGGAGUUUAAAGAAAAGUUCGGUAUGACAAAAGAAAGUUUCUACAACUUGGCCAAGUGGAAGCAAAACAGACUCAAAAUAGCGCUUCAGCUCUUCUGAGGCCUACAAGCAGUAACCUCGGGGGACAAAGACUUACUUUUAUUUACAGUCUCAGUUAAGAUUCAAACUCAUCCCUUCAAUUACCAUCAAGUUGAUGAUCAUCUGGCGCAGAGGGGAUCCAACUUCUUUGUGUUUCCCCCAAAUUCUAUCUGUAGCUUAUUCUUUUAAAGAUUACAGCUUGAUUGUGAGCUUUCUGUCUUUAUUGCUUCGCUGUAUUUGUUUCCAAAGGCAAAAACAUGUUUUCCAAACGGAAGAUUGUUUUAGUAUUGUACAAUCGAGGAGGAAGGAAUUUUGUAAAGCCGAGUGUAAAAGCAUAAUUACUUAGUUAUUGUAGGAAUUUGCACGCACUAGUGAAUUUAUAUUGUUUGGUAAUGUUUAUGGAGC